AUGUGUACCAAGGCACAGGAAUGCGUCGUAAAAUAUCAGUACUCAGCGUCCAAAGCCAGUACAUGGGGUAUCCUAAAGAAGAUGUCCUAUGCAUCGAUAAGUGGCUCUGUAGCAAUCGUAUUGUGCUUCCCUAAUUCUGCCUUCUCUGCCGCCACGAACCUGUGGCAUAUUGAAAGUAAAAAAAUGACAGAAAUCAAGAAACGAUUUAGUGAUUAG